UGAACACCCGCAGAAUACUGAAUUGACUCCGUCUCUCUGUCCUUUUUUCGCUGUGCAAUCUGACUUAACCCGCGCAAUCUUAACCCAAGCAGACCCAAAAGCGGCGACAGUUGCCUGCCCUUGAUAAAUGAGACGGCGCCGCCUACGCCUCGAGUUCCGAGUGCCGAGUAUUCGAGAAUCGGACGUCGGACGUCCAGGGGUUGUCGCCUUCUGCAGUUUGCGGUGCGCCGCAACGCCGAUCAAACGCGAUAAACGCUGGGUGGGUUACGUGGCUGCGGUUGACAGUGUCAACGGUUGCAAGUCAAAAUUAAUUAGAAUUUUUCAACUGCGAAAUACCCGUACCCCUGCCCAAAAACCUAGGGGAUGCACUAUGGCCCACUGUACUCCAAGAAACUUUGAGCGAAAGCGGCAACCAAGCGGUAGGAUUUCUUCUUUAAAUAUCGGCUAAACUUUAGUGAAAAUGGAAGGAAACAUGCUAAAUACAUCUUCAAAUGAGGAGGAGUCCGUUCAAUCUGGGAGAGAUGAAGAGAACGGCCCCAUUCAAAUGGAUUUCGCCAUAGUUCAGAUGAUUCAAUCAAUCUUGCAGAACCGGACGCUGCUCGAACGUCCAUACCUUCCCAGAUCCCCUGGGCGGGUGUUGCUGCCCCUUCUGGCAAUGCCCCAAGCUAGUAACCCAAUAUUUCCCAAAAUGUCACUAGCGCCGCGGAAUCGGUGCGUUCUGCCACCUAGGGGCGGCCAAAAAAUGAGCACAAUAGAAGUGUGCAAGAAAGUGCAUAACAAAAUUGGUGAAUUCCCCGCAGGACGCGAAUUUACCGCCGCCGUGUUGCACGUAGACGUACCCAACAAAACCGUCUUCGUAUGGGAAUGCGGUUCUGUACUAAUAGACUUCCUGUUCGUGGGACAAACCCCACUACGGGAGCUGGGUCAGAUGCCGAACUUCGGCGAAGUCUUUGCUUUCUACAGCGGCGCAGAUAGAUCUUUUUCGCGUGUCGCCCUAUACGGCGCUGCGAAUAAUAGAUAUGAAGCAUAUCGGGUCGACUACGGAGACUAUAUUCAACUAUCUGGCAUGGAGCGCAUAUUCGCACUACCGGAUAAUCUGCAAAAAUUGCCUGGGCAAGCGAUUAGAUGCUCUGUGGCCAAUUCCAUUCGCGCAGCCCAGUUGAACAUGUUCAAGGGCAAUGGUGUAAGGCUGCGGGUGAUGGACAACAAUGGCGCCGAGCUGCUGGUGACUCACAUCAAGAAUGGCAACUCGGAAAGUGAAAAUGCUGAGGAUCUGCAAAUGGACGCAGCUUUUGAGCAAACUGUACCAGGGCGCCGCGAGAUGGGCAUCACUGCUCGCAUCAAAGUCAGCUUUAUUCAUUCCCCCAUUGAUUUUUAUGGCCAUUUUUUGGAUGGACCAGUGCCGCCGGUGUGGCAAGAGGAGGAUGUCCCUAAGGGCAAUUUUGAAUUUCGCCCUAUGGACAUAGUAUUGGCAAAGUAUGAAGACGGACUAUACUAUCGUGCCAGGAUCACCGCCAUGUGCAAUUACGCGUGCUUGCUAUUCUACGUGGAUUUUGGUUACACCCAGUACGCAGCCGUCUACUCCUUGGCCCCGUGCUUUCCAGAGCAGAAAAUGAUCCCUGGUCUAGCCAUGAAAUUCCAAAUAGAGGGACUACGCAACGCAGAACGCCAGACCGAGAAAGUUUGUGAUGGCUUUGAUUAUUUGACGGAAAAACUACUCGGCCAGGAGAUAGCGGUUACUAUUACGAAGUAUCAGCACCCCGAUGGAUUUUUGAUUCGCCUUCAGGGAGGUCUAGCCGACGUGCAGCCACAUAUAUUGGAGGAAGGAUAUGCAUUUCCAGAAUAAUAUGUAUAUGAAACAUUUUUUAGUUUCUAAUUUUUUUUACUGCUUUCUGGUAUUUAAUGGUAUCUUGCUAAGUCAACUACGUUACCAAUAUUUUUUGUGAAACUAGUCAAACAAACCACUUUUUGUGAUGAACAUAAA